AUGGCAAUUGUGACGGGAGAUCGGUAUGUUGAGAAGCUACAGAAAUUUCUAGAAGAUGAAGCCGAGUCGCUUCUCGAAGAAACAAUGAUUCUCAAGCUGAAUCCAGCUGGUCUUCACUAUAUUCAUCUCCGCCUUGAGUCUCUCCGCGAGCUCGAGCGCAUGGUCACUGGUGCUCCUGUCGACUACCUUCGCGCUUACGUUUCCGAUCUCGGAGAUUACCGAGCACUCGAGCAGCUCCGUCGUAUCCUCCGAAUCCUCACUUCACUUAAAGUCGUUUCUACGCUCCCCUGGCCGGCUCGUGAUCCGACGCCGUUAUCUCUUAUUCCCUUCGGUAGGCUUAAGGUUUUGGAGCUUCGCGGGUGUGAUUUGUCUACUUCUCCGGCUAAGGGCUUGCUUGAGCUCCGCCACACCUUGGAGAAGCUCAUCUGCCAUAAUUCCACUGAUGCGUUGCGGCAUGUGUUUGCGAGUAGGAUUGCGGAGAUAACGAAUUCGCAAGAGUGGAAAAAGUUGGCGGUCAUAUCAUGUUCUUGUAACCGUCUUGUGCUCAUGGAUGAGUCCUUGCAGCUUCUGCCAGCUGCUGAGUCGCUUGAUCUGAGUAGAAACAAGUUUGCAAAGGUGGAUAAUCUUAGGAGAUGCACCAAAUUGAAGCACCUUGACCUGGGUUUCAAUCAUCUUAGAACAGUCUCUCACUUGAGUCAGGUAUCCUGUAAUCUUGUAAAACUUGUUUUGAGGAAUAAUGCUCUUACUACGUUGCGUGGGAUCGAGAACUUGAAGUCACUCGAAGGCCUUGAUGUUUCCUACAAUAUUAUCUCCAACUUUUCAGAACUGGAGCUCCUUUGGAGUCUUUCACUACUGAAAGAAUUAUGGCUUGAAGGAAAUCCAGUGUGUUGUGCUCGGUGGUACAGGGCACAUGUCUUCAGCUACAUUGCUCUUCCAGAUGAUCUGAAGCUAGAUGGGAAACAUAUAGGAACUAGAGAAUUUUGGAAAAGGAAAAUCAUAGUAGCCCAUAGGCAAAGUGAGCCUGCUAGCUACGGAUUCUACUAUCCAGUUAGAGAGGAAGGUAAUGAAGAAGGAAUCUGCACUAGAAAAAAGAAAAGAAUCUGCCGGCUUGCUUCUAUUGAUAGCAAGGAAGAGAGCACCUACGUGAAUUCUGACCAAGAGUCAGCUUCAUGUGAUCACGAGAACAAAGAGAAUUUGAAGUGUGAUCAAGAGGCCCAUAUAUUUGAUCUUAUAAGGAAAGUCGAAAACCUGAAGAAAGAACGUUCUGUUUUGUGGUUGCGAGAGUUCAAGGAGUGGAUGGCCCAUUCAUCAGAGGAUCUUGCAGAUAUCAGCAAAGAUAGCUUGGGUAUUGAUAUGGAAAAGAAGUACUAUACAAAGACUAAAGAAAUCUCAAGGCAGCAUGGUGGAAAACCAAGAUAUGCGUCCAGGUCUUCACGAGCUUCAAGAGAUAAGAGCCAUAAGAAAAGUUUACAGUGCAAUGGUUCAGAUGUGGAUCAUAAAACCGUUACGGAUGAUAUGAAGUAUGUUGAAGGUAAUGAGACACACAAGAUAACUGAUGACAUCUCUUCGUUAGGCCUUCGAAGCACAGAUCAAAAUCAGAAGUAUCAAGAAUUCUUAGGCGAUGAGAGAGAAACUGUGUCAGUUGAUCCAUACUACCUGUUUCCUACAGAACAUGCCACGGAGAAGUUAGCUGAAAACGGAUUGUCAACAUUGGAUAUAAGCCAGGAUUUGACUUUGACGGGAUCAUUUUCGUCAUCAACAUAUCCUGGGUCACCCCCUCAUUAUCAGAAAGAUGUCUUAUAUCGACGUCAUAACUUGGUGGAAGAAAUCUUACAACUGUCUGCAGAUUCUUAUUCAGUGGCAUCAUCUGAUAGCACAAGCAGCUGCAGUGAGGAUAUUAACUAUGACUCUGAGUCUGAGUAUUCGAAUCAUGACAACGGUCGCUUGACAGAUCUUCUUAAUGUGAAUAGACUAGGGGAGGAGAUUCCAGAACGUGAACCAAAAGUAACAAGCUCUCUUGAUUCUCAACGGGAAAAUGGUAGCAUGAUAGAAACUCUGAGGACUGAUGAAUCGAUGAAGGAGAAUACUGAAGUGCAUAAUGGUGAACUUGAUUCUGCUGUUAAUCAGAUUUACCAUUUGGUUGAGACGAGGAAAACCAAAAGGAAACCUAUAAAAAGAUUUGUUUCCUUUCAGAAAGAGGAAAGUUGUAUUACUAAUGGAGAGACAUCUCUCGGGAGUGAUGCAGAUAAUUUUGGUGAAGAUUGGUGUAUGUCUGAUCAAUUGCACGAAAGUUCCCUGUCAACGGUUUGUAGUAGUAGUAAAUGUAAAACUAGGGAAGCAGUGUUGCUGCUGAGUAGCCUAGACAAGUUGUACGUGCUACUCUUGGGUGUUUCUGCUCAAGGGAGUACCUUAACUGUACAGUGUUCCCAUAAAAUCAAAGAUUUACAAGACGUUUCAGUUGGUCUAGGACUUCAAUUUGUGAGGCUACGCUUUUGUGAGGACGCAGAAUACAUUUUCGUAACGAGGUGCAUUGAGAAAACGAUUGAACUACUUAACAUCAUUCAAGUUGUUGAUUCUCAGGCCAUAGGAUUUAAAUGUUCUCUGGGAAGUUUGGAGAAGGUUCAGGUGGACUUGUUUGAGAAAGAAAUUUGUGGAGGGCUGAAGCAUAGUAUAUUCCAGUACAACGUUAUCCAUUUUGAUAGCAGCAAUCUUGGAGAAGUGUCGUGGCCUUUGCGGUCGCUAUUUGUGUCUGGUGGGCGUCUCUUCAUAUGCAAUGAGGACUUCACACAACUUAGUUCUCGAACAUCACAUACUUCCUCUGCUCCAUAUUUCUUACUUGACUCGUGCUGCUCUGUUUCCGACGUAUCCGAGAUGAUUGUUGAAUCGCAAGGAAGUGUUGUGUCAUUAAAGAUCAAAGAGAACAGAAGAGUGGAUUCAGUUACAUGGAAGCUCAAGUGGUGCAGCACUAAGAAUGCUCUCAAGUUUGUGGCUUUGCUCAAAGCUCUUCACCCCGAUUCGUCACAAUGGCCGUUGGUUGUUAGAUACAGGAGAUAA